AAUUUUAAGUAUCAAAAAUUACGCCGGUGUGAAACGUCAUGACUCCUCUAUAUUUAUUUACAUUCUUACUCUCAUAUCGUGCUUAUCCAUCGACUGUGUUCGAGAUUUUUCACUCGCAUCUCAGCAUAAAGUUUUCAUAUUAAUUAUUGUCACAUAAUGUUUUCUGAGAGUAUUCUCUGAAAAUAGUUGCCAAAAUAACACGUCAGAGGAAAAUUCACCGAGAAAACUCUCAGUUUUUCGCAUAAUUUUUCAUGCAGUUUCUUGGGGUGAUUUGAGUGAGACCAAAAAUCUGAUGAAAAUCUGAUUCAACAUGCAGAUUCCGUAUAUGAAAGUAGCGAUUUACGUGUUGACCUUCCUUGGAUACUGCUAUUCAGGAGCAGGAAGUGGACUUUUAACGACACUAAGAGAUUCUAUUAUCGCCGCAGAAGCUGUUUUUGGGGAUGUCUUCCAUAAUUUAAUCGCAGCCUCGAAAAAGUUUACAUUUUUGAAUGAAGUGUUUGACAAAGCAGUGGAAGAAAAUUGCGUGUUUAAAUGUCCAGAAGAUUCGAUUUUACCGGUGAAGAAUAAGUUGCAUACUCCUGCUUUUGAUGGAUGUGGCUCACUCGGAUUGAAAAUUGACACGGAAUAUUUGCCAUCUAAGGCUAUGGAAGAUUGUUGCAAUGAACACGAUGUGUGUUAUGAUACGUGCAACAGCGAUAAAGAGCUUUGUGAUUUAGAUUUUAAAAGAUGUCUUUACAAAUAUUGUGACGCGUACGAGAAAUCUGUGGCUGGAGGUGUUAUGGUCAAAGGAUGUAAAGCAGCAGCAAAGAUGCUUUUUACAGGAACACUGACCUUCGGUUGCAAAAGCUACUUGGAUUCCCAGCAACGUGCAUGUUAUUGCCCUCCUCCAAAGGGAGAUUUUCCGAAAGAUAAGAAGAAAGAAAAAGACAACAAACAAAAGAAACCAGCAAAUUACGGAUGGAAAACUGGAAGUGACUUAUAGUACGAUUCUUGCUUGUAUCGUAUAAGUUUUAUAUAUAAGUACCUCUAAUUUCAUAACGAAUAGUGUGAUAUGAUAUUAAAGAAUCUUGAAAUUUGAAUUAAAAUUUGAGAGUUAAUUCUAAAGAAAUUCAAAGAAUUUUAUUUUAUCAACAUUUGCAUACAUGUCCAAU